GGAAGGCCGGCGCACAUGCGCCGCGCCGGCGCGGGCGGAGCCGUGUCUCUGCCGCUCGGGAGGGGCGGGGCCGCUCCCUUUCCGCGCCACAGCUCCGCCCCACGCGCGGCGGAUGCGGUGUCUACGGGGUCGCGUCCCCUUCCCCUGCCCCCCCCCCCCCAAUGCCACGCCCCCCCCCCCGGAACCGCGCUCCCCACGGCACGCCCGCCGCCUUUCGGGGGGGGGGGGACGCCUCGGGGUUGGGUGUGUGAGCCCGGGACAGUCCCCCUGCCCCACCCCCCACGGGGGCGUAACGGCCGGGAGCCACGGGGCCAUGCCGUGAGUACAAAAGAUGAUAUUGAUAUUGAUGCCCUUGCUGCUGAGAUAGAAGGUGCAGGAGCUGCAAAGGAGCAAGAUCCUCAGAAAUCCAAAGGCAAAAAGAAAAAAGAGAAGAAGAAACAGGAUUUUGAUGAAGAUGAUAUCCUGAAGGAGCUGGAAGAACUGUCAAUAGAGGCGCAAGGAGGGAAAGUUGACAGGGAACCUGCUACAGGAAAGGUUGAAAAUGACAAUGAAGAAAGCUUAUCAAAACAAGAUAAAAAAAGGAAAGGAAAGAGUAAAAAAGCCAAUCUGGAAAAUGACUAUGACAGUGAGGAAGUGGAAGAUAAAGAUAAAAAAUCUAAAAAAACUCAGAAAGCAAAACAAGACAUGCUUUCUGGCAGUGAUGAUGAUGAUCAUGAGACACAGAUUAAGAAAAGCAAAGGGAAAACGCAGAAGUCAAAUAAAAAGCAUGAUCUGUCAGAAGAAGAUGAAACUAACGUUAAGAAAAGCAAAGAGCGUGGAGGGGCAGUGUCUACAGGUGAGAGUGGUGAUGAAUCAGAUGAGAUCUCCCAGUCUAGAAAAGGACAAAAGAAAACCCAAAAACCAAAGUCUACUCCUGCUGCUGAAAGUGGGGAUGAUGAAGAAGAACCUUCAUUCAAAGUAAAAACAGUGGCACAGAAGAAGGCAGAAAAAAAGGAACGUGAAAGGAAAAAACGUGAGGAAGAAAAAGCUAAACUGAGGAAGCAGAAAGAGAAGGAAGAAUUAGAAGGUGGUAAAGAACCAGGAAAGACGAAGGAAGCGCCAAAAAAAGCUGAAGAGAAGGCUUUUCCUGAAGUCAUGGCAACCCCUGGCACUGGGGAAAAAGGAGAGAUGCCUGCAGGAACAGAGGCUGAUGACAAUGACGGGGACAAAAAGAAAAAAGACAAGAAAAAAAAGAAAGGUGAGAAAGAAGAAAAAGAGAAAGAGAAGAAGAAGGGUCCCAGUAAAGCCACAGUUAAAGCUAUGCAAGAAGCCUUGGCUAAAAUGAAAGAGGAGGAGGAAAGGGCAAAAAGAGAGGAGGAAGAACGCAUAAGACGAUUGGAGGAACUAGAAGCGAAGCGCAAAGAGGAGGAACGAUUAGAGCAAGAGAGGAAAGAAAGAAAGAAACAGAAGGAAAAAGAGAGGAAGGAACGUUUGAAGAAGGAGGGAAAACUUUUAACAAAAGCUCAACGAGAAGCCAGAGCCAGAGCGGAGGCUACUCUUAAACUACUCCAAGCUCAGGGUGUUGAAGUGCCAUCCAAAGACUCUGUGCCAAAGAAGAGGCCAAUAUAUGAAGACAAAAAGAAGAAGAAGCAGCAGCAUUCAGAAAAUAAAGAAGAAAGUGUGGAGGUAACUUCCACAGCUGAAGAUGCUGUAGAACUGGAACCACCAGUAAAAGAAGAGAGUCCUCUUCCAGCAGAGCCAGUUUCUGAAGAAAAGGAGGAAGAAGAAGAAAUGGAAGAUGCAGGUUUGGAUGACUGGGAAGCUAUGGUUAGUGAUGAAGAUGGAGAGAAAGAGAGCAAACCUGUCCACAUUGAAGUCAAAGAACAAAAUGAAGUGGAUGAGGAAGAGGAGGAGGAAGAUGAUGAGGAGGAAGAGGAAGAAGAGAGUGAAGAAUUUGAAGAUAGCGAAGGGAGUGAAGAUGAGGAUGAAAAGACUUCAGAUGAGAGAGAGGCAGACUCCCAGGCUAUUGGAAAACAAUCUAUGGAAAAAAAGCCCAGCAAGGAAAUUAGCUCUGAUUCUGAGUACGACUCUGAUGAUGACCGCACUAAGGAAGAGCGUGCUUAUGACAAAGCUAAACGGAGAAUCGAGAAGCGACGAGCUGAAAACAGCAAAAAUAUGAACACUGAAAAGCUCAGAGCACCAGUUAUCUGUGUCCUGGGGCACGUAGACACAGGCAAGACCAAAAUUUUAGAUAAGCUCCGCCAUACUCAUGUUCAGGACAGUGAAGCUGGUGGUAUCACUCAGCAGAUUGGUGCGACUAAUGUUCCCCUUGAAGCUAUUAAUGAGCAAACCAAGAUGGUGAAAAAUUUUGACAGAGAGAACAUAAAAAUUCCAGGCAUGCUGAUAAUCGACACUCCAGGACAUGAGUCUUUCAGCAAUCUAAGAAAUAGAGGAAGCUCACUUUGUGAUAUUGCUAUACUUGUAGUUGACAUCAUGCAUGGUUUGGAGCCACAGACAAUUGAAUCAAUAAAUCUGUUGAAAUCAAAGAAAUGCCCCUUUAUUGUAGCUCUCAACAAGAUUGAUAGGUUAUAUGACUGGAAAAAAAGUCCAGAUACAGAUGUAGCUGUCACCUUAAAGAAGCAGAAAAAGAACACAAAAGAUGAGUUUGAAGAACGUGCAAAGGCUAUUAUAGUGGAAUUUGCCAAACAGGGCUUGAACGCUGCCUUGUUUUAUGAAAAUAAGGAUCCCCGCACUUUUGUUUCUCUUGUACCUACCUCUGCUCACACAGGGGAUGGCAUGGGAAGUCUGAUAGCUCUUCUUGUUGAGCUAACGCAAACUAUGCUGACCAAGAGACUGGCUGAGUGUCAGGAGCUGAGAGCUCAAGUCAUGGAGGUUAAAGCACUGCCAGGCAUGGGCACUACCAUAGAUGUUAUUUUGAUUAACGGACGCCUGAAGGAAGGAGACACCAUUAUUGUUCCUGGAGUAGAAGGUCCCAUAGUAACUCAAAUUAGAGGUCUUCUGCUGCCUCCUCCUAUGAAGGAGCUACGAGUUAAGAACCAGUAUGAAAAGCACAAAGAAGUCGUCGCUGCUCAAGGUGUGAAGAUUCUUGGGAAAGAUUUGGAAAAAACAUUGGCUGGUUUGCCAUUGCUUGUAGCUUAUAAAGAGGAUGAAGUCCCAGUCCUCAAGGAUGAACUAAUACAUGAACUGAAGCAAACACUGAAUGCAAUCAAAUUAGAAGAGAAAGGUGUUUAUGUCCAGGCUUCUACUUUAGGCUCUUUAGAAGCAUUACUUGAAUUUCUUAAAACAUCAGAAGUGCCAUAUUCAGGAAUUAAUAUAGGUCCUGUCCAUAAAAAAGACGUUAUGAAGGCAUCAGUUAUGUUGGAGCAUGACCCACAGUACGCAGUCAUUCUUGCAUUUGAUGUGAGGAUUGAACGUGAUGCACAGGAAAUGGCUGACAGUUUAGGAGUUCGAAUUUUUAGUGCUGAAAUAAUUUAUCACUUAUUUGAUGCCUUCACAAAAUAUAGACAAGACUACAAAAAACAGAAGCAAGAGGAAUUCAAGCAUAUAGCAGUAUUUCCUUGCAAGAUGAAAAUACUCCCUCAGUUCAUUUUCAACUCCCGUGACCCAAUAGUGAUGGGUGUAGUUGUAGAGGCCGGCCAGGUGAAGCAGGGGACCCCUAUGUGCGUACCUAGCAAAAAUUUUGUUGAAAUUGGAAUAGUUACAAGUAUUGAAAUAAACCAUAAACCAGUGGAGGUGGCAAAAAAAGGCCAAGAAGUAUGUGUUAAAAUAGAGCCUAUUCCCGGUGAAUCACCUAAAAUGUACGGACGACAUUUUGAAGCAACAGAUAUCCUCGUCAGCAAGAUCAGCCGUCAGUCCAUCGACGCUCUGAAGGACUGGUUCAGGGAUGAAAUGCAGAAGUCUGACUGGCAGCUUAUAGUAGAGCUGAAGAAAGUGUUUGAAAUCAUCUAGAUAACUUUUUACAGCAAUGAGGAGGCAGGAAUACGUGCACUAUUCCUGUUCUAGAAGUUACCAACAAAGUCAUAUAUUGAAGACAGUGUUGGAUAUAUGUUUGGGAGGAAAAUAUGUGGAUAAAAUGUUUUCCAUGAGAAACCAAGAAAUUUACACUGGUUUGACAGUGGUCAAUUUACAUGUUCCCAUGGUUCCAAUGUGCCUGUUCACCCCUCCCACUGCCCUUCCUAAUACUGGCUGCUGUUUUAAAGUUUGCCCUUCCUUCUCUUACACCUUCCUUCAGCCCUCUUUCCCUCCCUCUCUCCGAAAUAAAAUAAAAGAAAUUGAAUUUUUAUUACAGAACUAAAGCUCUUUCACUUUUAUACUGAUGAGAUCAGUACUGCAGUAUUUGAUUAACCAAGCUUCUGCAGACUUUGUGAUUCUUGGGACAUUUUUGAUGUAAGAAGUACUUCUUUAUUUAUGUAUACCUCUUCCCUUGACUCUCUUUUCCAACAUUCUUCUGCUUUGUGCCUAUAGCCAUUUUUUUAAAUAGACAAUUAGGCAAUUGGAUACUUCUGUAUUUGCUUUGUGUGAAACAAUGAUGUAAAGCAUAGUUGGCCGCCUUUUACUGUUUGUACAGUUCAUGAAAUUCGACCUGUAAUCAUUAUAACGCAGAGCCGCAAAUAAAGGAGAUGAACAUAA